GUGUUUGGAUUCGUGGUGGAAACCCUCUGGCUUUAACAGUGGUAGAUGAUUCAGAAACUGUUGCAAGGGUGGGUGUCCCACAUCCUGGCCUUGGUGUUGCCCUGCCCAACCUGCUUUUCAUGGAGACCAGGGACAGCAGCACCCACAGCUGGGAUGGGCCUGCGCAGGCCAUUCUCCAAGCCACCAAGGUCAGCCAGGCAGCCCGCAGGGCCCGGGAAACCCAGGAAGAGCUGGAGCAGAUCAGGACACGGGUUGAGCACAUGAUCCAGGCCUAUGAACGCAGCAAGCAAGUCCCUUUUGCCCCACAAGCAGCCACUGAGGUGGUGGAAGACGUGGAGCAGCUAGAGACCGUCCUGAGUGACCCAGUGAAGAAGAGGAGAUACCAGCAGCAAGUCACUGUCUUCAUCGUGGGCUACCAGGAGUCUUGUAGGCAGCGCCACACUCUCCUCCACCAGCUGCAGGAGUUCUUCAGCUGCUCAGCGGAGCUGAGCCUGGGGCAGGAGAGCCACGUCCUGACAGACGACUUCACCGUGCACAUGGACAGCACAGCCCACAAGGUGACUGUGGCUCUGAGUGCAGCAGAGGCAGCUGUGUCCCGCCUGGCAGACCUGACCAGGGACAUCGUCAGCUAUGCAAACAGUGCCAGUGCCCUGCGCAGCCCAAAAAGAAGCCACAAGAAGCAAAUGGAGAAGGCAGUAGACAAGGCCAAGGAAGAGCUUGUCCAGAUCAGGAGGCGGCUCCUCCAGGCUCAAACAGACCUGGAGACCAAAGACCAGAAGCUGAAGGACCUGCUAAAGCUGAAUGAGGUGAAGAUGAAGGAGAACCGGCUCUUCCGGGCUCAGCUGGACAGCACCCAGUAUUGGCCUGGGAGAGCCCUGCUUAGUGCCCCCAGCCCUCCCCUUCCUGUCCUGCAGAGACACGUGGAGGGCUUGGAGCAGGAGAGCAGGGUGCAGCGAUCCCACCUAGAGGCUGAGGUGAGGACCCGGGACACCUGUAUCGCCCAGCUGGAAGGGCUCCUGCAGGAAAGAGGGCAUCUGUGGAGGGGCAUGAGCACCCAGACAUCCUUGGAGACGAGCUCUGAGCAGCAUCAGCUGGACUCUGCUGGCCCAUCUCAAGUCCUGGAGGGGCUGGUAGAGCCAGAGGACCAAUGUGGGGAAAUGGCUCAGGAAGAGGAGGGCACUGGACAGGCAACCAAGGGCGCCUCUGCCGGGGGUGAGAGCAGCCUUGGCCUGAUCCCGCAGGGGAGCCCUACAGCCCUGGAUGGAGAUGAACAGACUCUGGAGGCCUCAGCCACAGAUGAGUCCCUCGCCCUGCGCCUAGCUGCUCUGGAGGCUGAGUUAGCCAUGGCCCAGAGGCAAAGCCAGGAGGACACCAAGCGCUGGGAGAGACACGUCGGGGACCUGGCAGCUGAGUGGGCGGAGGAGAGGCAGAGACUUUUGCAGCAAAUCCAGCAAGGACAGCUGGCACAGACAUGUGGUCCAGAGUGCAGGGAGAUGGCCCAGGAGGCAGAUGUGGCCCAGACCUUGGUGCAGGAGGAGAUGGAGACAGAGACGGGCCAGCAGAUGUUGCCCAGGCCACUGAGGCCCCAGGUGGGAGCGAUGGAGCUGGGACAGCAGGCAGAGGCGAUGCAGGUGGCACAGCAGACACAGGUGUUUGCAGCUGGAUUGCCAUUGGCCCUGGAUACUGGAAGUUCCCCUGAGAUGGCUGGUGACCCCCAUUUGGUGGGAGAAGCCCCCACCUCACAAGGACCAGUCUGGAACAGGGACACAUGCCACACAGCUGCUCUCCAGGCUGAUGGCAGGGUAGCCCCUGCACCCCCAGCAAGCUACCAUGGACCACAGGCCGACACAUCAGGCUUCAUCAAGACCUUGAAGGAAAAGCUUAUGUCUAAAGAGGUCUCCCUCCUAGGCAGCUCAGGCACUGUGGUGAAGACAGAUCAUCCAGCAGCCCCCAAGGAAGCAGCAGGAGCUGGAACCCAUGCAUGGAUUGGUGAUGCUACAGCAGUCUCUAACAGGCCACUUGGAAGUAGCACCUAUAACCAGGGUGAGCUGCUUGGGAAGAAGGAAGUGAUGCUAGACAAAGGUGAAGCCAAAGCAGAAGAUCCACACAAAGGCAUGGCCAACGGUGGGGCAGGGUGA